AUGUCCACUGCUGAAAAUGCUAGAGGUCCAAAUCAUGCCUUACCGUCGGAAACUUGUACUGGCACGUCACCGGACGAGCAAGCUUCCUCGACUACUGCAACUGAAAGGCUAGCCGAUCCGGCCACGAUCGUGAACGAGUCAUCAACACAUUCUGCAAGAUCCGAGAACCUGAGAGAGUCGAAGAGAUCUUCGGAAGGCUCGACCUCACCGCGAGCCCUGUCGAGACCGAUCAAUAGCACUGAGCAAAACAUUGAAGAUGAGGGCUGCACAGUGGAGACAAGCCAAAGGAUGCAGAAUCUCUCGUUGACAGCAGACUCUCGGAACUCAGCGCAAACUGCGGCUCUGAAGCAUCUUCCGCCAACCCCUCCUCCACCGCCAGAGAAAGAUGUGGCUUAUCUCGAUCCUACACCCAAAACACCACAGGUCUCUCGACCAGUUUCCCGUCAACAUUCAGAUGAUGGAGAGUACGACGAGAAAGAUCCACAAUAUAGGAGGAAUUCAACUGAGGAAGACUUUGACGCCAACAAAGCCUCGCUUCCUCCAGAGGUCGCGGUAGACAAGGACUCUCAAUCGGAGAUUCAGAGCAUAAUGGAACAGUUCACAGGCGAUGGUGGAGCCUCCGGCAAAGAUAAGAUAAUGUCACCCCGAAUCGAGAUGGCCAGUCCUAUCUCCAACGAUUCCGGCCAAUUUCCUCCUCGAAGAUCCAGCUUGGAACAUCUGCGACCUACGAUAUCGACUUCCGUGAUCAGCUCUGAGAAGGAUUUACCCAGCCCACCUGUACCUCCCAAAUCCGACUCGACACCGCUAAGCCCGACUCGAUCAAGCAAGCCCACUUCGCCUUCAUUAUUGUCAGGUCCGCCCCUUCCAGAACCGGAACCGGAUUUACCAUUCGAUUUUCACAGAUUCCUGGAACAGCUUCGACACAAGUCAGCAGAUCCGGUGGCUAAAUUCCUGCGGUCUUUUCUCAAUGAAUUUGGGAAGAAGCAAUGGAUGGUGCAUGAGCAAGUAAAGAUCAUUGGCGACUUUCUGACGUUCAUUGCCAAUAAGAUGGCGCUGUGUGAUGUAUGGCGGGAUGUUUCCGAUGCCGAAUUCGACAAUGCAAAAGAAGGAAUGGAGAAACUGGUCAUGAAUAGACUCUACACGCAAACUUUCUCGCCCGCCAUCCCUCCUCCACCUCAACCUGUAAGAGGUAAGGGAAGAAGGAAGGAUCAGGACAAAAUACUUGGUCCAGGACGACGGGGACAGCAUCAGGAGGAUGUCGAGCGAGAUGAGAUUUUAGCCCAGAAAGUCAGGAUCUACGGCUGGGUCAAGGAGGAGCAUCUGGAUAUUCCUUCAGUUGGACCUGGUGGUGAACGCUUCCUCAAGCUGGCGCAGCAAGAAUUAUUGAAAAUCAAGGGAUACCGUGCGCCGCGAGACAAGGUUAUCUGUGUGCUCAAUUGCUGUAAAGUCAUCGUUGGAUUGUUGAAGAGUUCCAAGUCUGCAGAUACCUCUGCAGAUUCUUUUGUGCCCCUUCUCAUUUAUGUGGUCCUGCAAGCACAUCCGGACCACCUCGUCUCCAACAUCCAGUACAUCUUACGCUUUCGCAAUCAGGACAAAUUAGGAGGCGAGGCUGGCUAUUAUCUGUCUUCACUGUCCGGGGCCAUCCAAUUCAUCGAGACUUUAGACCGAACGUCGCUUUCUGUCAGCGACGCAGAGUUCGAACGCAACGUCGAGCUCGCGGUCUCUGCCAUUGCAGAAAAGAACCGAGAGACGGAAACACGCUCACUGAGCCACAUUGUUUCAGACAAGUCGACUUUGAGCGAGCCGGAAGUGACACCACGCACCUCGAUGGAUGCAAGCAAGUCGUCUCCUGGAAAAAGGUCGAGUCGCCCCUUGUUUGAUAGCACAGACAGUGGGUUUGACGACAACGACGCCGUCGCAGGACUUCUCCGAACCAUUCAGAAGCCACUCUCGACCAUUGGUCGUAUAUUCUCCGACGAGGGCAGUGCUUCCCAAGCCCGCAGUGGUCGGAUCUCACCACCGCAGCCGGAGUUCACACCACGACUCUCUCCUUCACUCUUUCAACCUCCCAGAUCAAGCGGAGAGCAGCGACGGUCAGGCGAGCAGGCAAGGGACAGGGAUGACGAGUAUAAGACCGAUGUGAAAGUUGAUGCUCAAGAAGCUGCCGCAAGACAAGCCAGCGCCGAGGCAGCCGAGGCUCGAAGGAUACAACGAGCAGAGCAUCGGAACGUCGUCGAGACACUCUACAGCAUGUUUCCUAAUCUGGACAAAGACGUGAUUGAGGACGUGGUCAGGCUAAAAGAAGGACGGGUUGGUCUGGCUGUGGAUGCUUGUUUAGCUUUGAGCGCGGGAGGUUGA